GUGUCCUAUAAACCAAUGAAUAAAUAAACUUAUUUUGUGUGCAUGUAUUUUCUUAGGCCAGUACCUCUGAGGACCCGGCAAUGUAUCCCUCUGAAAUGGCUGCUGCCCCCCAGUCCACGCCUAAAAAACCCCAGAGACAACUGCAACACAGGAGGUCUGAUUGGUCCACUGGCCUCAGUUUUACCAUUUCAAGCCCCAAACAGCCAUCAGUAAGGCCACGAACUAGGCCAUCAGCAUCUGGACAAUACACUGCACGACCUGCAUCAUGGCGAUACCCACAGGAAGGGACUGAAACACCCCCAUCAUUGUUGAGUCCCUCGAGGGAAGCCAGUGGUGUGACACAACAGCCCUCAGUAAGGCCACGAACUAGGCCAUCAUCAUCUGGACAAUACACUCCCAGACCCGCAUCAUGGCAAUACCCACAGGAAAGGACUGAAACACCCCCCUCAUUGUGGAGUCCCUCGAGGGAAGCCAGUGGAGUGACACAAUCAGAAGAUGUAGAGGAAGGUGCUGCAGGUGCUUCAGACACAUCUGUGCGAGAUAUGAGCAUUAGCUUUGGGGAAAUGGAUUUGGACCCUAAAGACACCAGUUUUGUGCUCCCGAGUGACACCACCUCAUCCAGCCCAAGCUCUGGCUCUGUCUCCAGCUCUGGCAUCACAGAUGGAUGGGCAGGAAGAAAGUGGCUAGUUGAUGAGGCCAAGCUGAUGGAGCUUUUUAGAACAUGCACUCAGUGUGGUGUGGCCAUUGAGGAAAAACGAGUAGCCACACGUGCCAGCCAUAUCAGAAUACACUGGACAUGUUUGAAGGGACACACCGGGGAAUGGGCAUCAUGCACUGACCAAAGGAAUAUGGCCCGCAACAACCUCUUGGCAUGUGCUGUAACAUUUUUCACCGGAGCCACCUACUCGGACAUCAAAGAAUGGGCAGAACUAAUCAACCUGCAGCUACCAGGCAAGACUCAGUUUUACGCCAUUCAAUCAAAAUACCUCAUCCCUGGAAUAAAUCAUGCAUACAAGGGACAACAAACAAACAUUCUGAAGAGGAUUUCUCAACUUUCUGCUUCGGGGCAAAAACUGGAAAUGUGUGGUGAUGCGAGGUGUGAUAGCCCUGGCUACAGCUGCAAGUACAGCACCUAUUCUUUUCAAGAUGAUGCAACAAAAGAAAUUAUUCAUUUUGAACUUGUACAGGUUACAGAAGCAUCGAGUUCCGUGGCAAUGGAGGCAAUGGGCUUUCAGAGAGACCUAAAUCACCUCCUCGAUCUCGGGCUGGACAUUGGGGUGAUGGCGACCGACAGAUCGCCAUCAAUAAGAAAACUAAUGAGGGAAAGCUAUGGCAACAUUCGUCACGAAUAUGACCCUUGGCAUGUGAACAAGAGUCUCAAGAAGAAACUGGUGUCUGUCUCUAAUAAAAAAAAUUACAGAGAGCUUCGACCAUGGCUGAGGUCUAUCAGCAAUCACUUAUACUGGGCAUGCAGUUCCAGCCAUGGUGAUGAACAGGAGUGUGUGCGACGGUGGACAUCUGUUCUUCACCAUAUUCGUGGCAUCCACAGAUGGGAAGAGAAUGGGCGGGAGUACCAAUGUGCUCAUCCACCUCUCUCAGAGGAGGAUCAGGAGAAAAAAAGGUGGCUGGAACAUGACUCCCCAGCUUUCCGUGCUCUCAAAGAGUUGGUUGAGGAAAAAACUCUCCUGCGUGACCUGAGACAGAUGGCUCUGUUCAAGCACACUGGAUCUCUUGAAGUCUUUCACAACGUCACCCUGAAGUACGCACCAAAGCGACUUCACUUUACAUACGACUCUGAGAGCCCGCACAGAAUUGGCCAUCAUAGAUCACAAUAUCAAUAUUGGAAGGGAACAAAAAACAACACUUGAGGGAAAACCACAGUACAAGUACAUGUACACAAAGACGACACAGCAGUGGGUGGCUAAGCCGGUGUAUGAGCCCACCUCUCAGGAGUUUCGAA